GGAAGUUUGGGCGGUGGUUGAGUUGAGUGAACUCCUCGAUUUUUUUUUCACCAGACUUCAGGUAGAGACCAAAAAGAAAAGAAAAUGUCGAGCAAACGCGCCAAGGGAAAGACCACCAAGAAACGCCCCCAGAGGGCAACCUCCAAUGUCUUUGCCAUGUUUGACCAGUCUCAGAUCCAGGAGUUUAAGGAGGCCUUCAACAUGAUCGACCAGAACCGCGAUGGCUUUGUGGACAAGGAGGAUCUGCAUGACAUGCUGGCUUCUCUGGGAAAGAACCCUACGGAUGACUAUUUGGAGGCCAUGAUGGCAGAGGCUCCAGGGCCCAUAAACUUCACCAUGUUUCUCACCAUGUUCGGUGAGAAGCUGAACGGCACCGACCCAGAGGACGUCAUCCGCAACGCCUUCGCCUGCUUCGACGAGGAGGGCACCGGCUUCAUCCAUGAAGACUACCUGCGUGAACUGCUGACCACCAUGGGCGACCGUUUCACAGACGAGGAGGUGGAUGAGCUGUUUAGGGAGGCGCCCAUUGACAAGAAGAGCAACUUCAACUAUGUGGAGUUCACACGCAUCCUCAAACAUGGAGCCAAAGACAAGGACGAUUGAAAACCCCCAAAAAUGAGCCCACCCCGAAUCUCUCCUCCCCUCCUCUACCCCCCCCCCCCUUUUUUUUUUCCAGCGCCCUCAGCAACAAGGGGAGUCCACAUACCCUUGCUUUGCAGGCUCUCAUAACAACCUGCCAAAAGCCUGACCGCGUGUGUGUGUACCUUGUUACAUCUGCAAUACAUGCAUACUGUUGUCUGCCUCAGAGGUUUAAAAAGAUAUGGCCCUUUUUUGUUUUUUCCUCCAUGCUUUGAUAUGAAAGGGUUUUUAAAAAAAUGUGAAGAUCUCUGGAAAGGCACCCUUUUGCUCUUGUGAUGGCCGGUUCUUGCUGAAUUUUUACAUUUUAUAAUAAAUAUGAACUUUUUAAAAUAAAUUAC